UCCGGCCAGGAGUUCGUGUAUUCCGGUUGCACACGUCCGACCACUAGCUGCCGACGCCUGGCAUUCGUCCGGACACUAUCACGUCGGUAGAACGUAUCCCGCGCGCGCGUAUACGAUGGUUCGACGCGGACGCGUUUAAUCGAACAGUUAUUUAUUUAAUGCUACUUUUUUUUUAUUCAGUUUUUAUUCCAACUUAAAGAGUGUGUGCGUGCGUGCGUGUGUUUAUGUGUGUUUUUUUUUUUUAAUUGUUCGUAUUCCAUCAACAAGUUGAAAGUUGGUCGACUACCCUUGACGAUUCGCCCGCAAGGAUAAUAAUUUAUAGUGCAACGCCACUCAAAUACUGCGUGACAUUUCACCCACGCGCAGCGUACGUAUAUUAUAUUAUAUUCGUCGUGACACAUCAGUGAUUUGCUGUGCGCGAUGACUACCAGCCGGCACGCGGUCGCCGCGUUCGCCAUCCUGGCGGUCGUCUGCUGUUCGAUGCUUGUCGUUCGCGGCUAUGAAUCCGGCGCUCCGGUGCUAACGUGCCGUACCAUGAUCCCUGGUCACGGUAAGGCGGCUCAAGUGUCUGCUGCCCCGUACCGGAUAGUGCCGUCGGAUAACGCCACGUCGUCAAGGAUCCGCGUCACCCUCACCGCGCCGCGGCCCAACGACUACUUCAUCGGAUUUUUGAUUGAGGCUCGAUCACCCAGAACCGGCGAGGAUGCAGUCGGAUCGUUCGUCCAGGUGCCGCAGGACUCGCAGACGCUCGAUUGUAACGAAGUGAUCAGCUCGGGCGUGACCCACAGCAGUAACACGAAAAAGAAAUCAGUAGAAUUCGAUUGGGAAGCACCGAGAAACUUUGACGGACAAGUGAAUUUUGUGGCUACUGUGUUACUUGAUUACGCAACAUUUUGGGUUGGAAUAACUUCGAAUCCAGUUCAGGUUAACAGUGCAAAUGGCGGGCCUCCGGUAACCGGACCUACAGAAAUCGGCAGAUCAGAAAAUGGUCUCAAAGAAAUCGAGGCAAACAUUUACGAUGGUUGUGGAAAAAAUAAGAACUGUGUUGGAGCUCCUCUUGGUUGCAUUCAAACGAUGAAUUGCCGAGCAGUUGUAGCUUUGAUGCCGUCGAAUGACAAAUAUCAGUUUGAAAUGAUGGCCCGUGAUAGCCAAUACGUGGCUUUUGGACUUUCGGACGAUAAUAAAAUGGGAGGCGAUGGCGUUGUCGAAUGUGUUCAUAAAGAGAGUGGCCGUAGUAACAGCGUAAGUGUUUACAAAUCGUGGAAUGUUCCCAAUAGAAAGCAAAACCAACGCGUUGAAGACUUGUCGGGCGUGAGUUUGGAUAGCGCCUCAAUCAUCGACGGUGCUAUUUACUGUAAAAUUGUUGUGGAUUCCGUUUUUAAAGUGGAAGACAAUACAUAUGACCUGGACAACAACGAUUAUUUCGUCCUGUUGGCCGCUGGCGCCUCGCUAAAAACGUUCAGCGUUGGUUACCAUGAUGUAGCGUUCAUAAGUAGCCCCGACAAGAGGAAACUCGGUCAGUUGAGAGCGGCUCGUGUAAUGGACCCGUUUUACGACAACUGUGGUCAGACGAAAACGUGUUUCGGAUCGCCGGACGGUUGCUUGUCGACACAGGACUGCGCUGCUGUGACAGCCGUAAAAGUCGAAGGGACCAGAUACAUGUUUGAAAUGAAAGCUAGAAACGCUGCUUAUGUGGCCGUCGGUAUUUCGGAUGAUCAAAAGAUGGGAGGAGACAGCGUCAUGGAAUGCGUCCACGAAAACGUCGGUACGAAUCUGGUUAAAGCUUAUAUGUCAUGGAACGUUCCUAAUCAAAAGAGCAACAAACGUUUAACAAGCCAAAAUGGACUCACACUAUUAAACUCAUCGUUUAUCGACGGUACGAUUUACUGUAAUGUCGUACGGGACGCUGUCACUAAAGUAGAAGGAGUCAACUAUGAUCUGAUCAGAAAUAAAUACUUUUUACUGAUCGCCGCCGGAACAUCGUUAAAAGAACGGAGUGUUGGCUACCAUGACUUGGCCUAUACCUCAACCGCCGAGUCGAGUGCGUUGUCGGAAAUCAAAUCAUUGAGAACCUCGUCAAAGUUGCUUUUGAGGUUACACGGUUCAUUUAUGAUUGUCGCGUGGAUUGGAGCGGCCAGCAUAGGUAUAGUCGUCGCUCGGUAUUACAAACAGACGUGGGUCGGAGGUUCGUGUUGUUCCAAGGACUUGUGGUUUGGGUGGCAUCGUUUGCUAAUGAUGUUCACUUGGAUCCUUUCAUUGGCCGGGUCAGCUUGCAUAUUUGUGGAACUUGGCGAAUGGGUGUCCGGUCCUAGUCAAACGCACGCUCUUUUAGGAGUUGUCACUACCGUGUUGGCAUUUUUCCAGCCAAUUUUCGCAGCGUUCCGGCCGCAUCCUGACUCAUCGAAGAGACCGAUUUUCAAUUGGAUCCAUUGGCUGGUUGGAAACGCCGCUCAUAUAUUCGCCAUCUUAACCAUAUUUCUUGCUGUCUCACUCAGCAAAGCCGAACUUCCUGCGUGGAUGGAUUGGAUACUAGUGGCUUACGUAGGCUUCUACGUUAUCAUUCAUUUAAUAUUGUCGAUAUCCGGUUGCUUGAGUGAAAAAUCAGGAAGCAUGCGCAUAAACACGUUUCCUAUGAAAGAUCUUCACAACGGAAGAAGUCCGAUGAGCUACGAACAACACAAAGAUGCACCGCAUUCUGGAUUCCGAAAAUUCUGGCUGUUCAUUCACGUGCUGUUUAUUGUUAUAAUUACAUCAGCCUUAGUAUUGAUUGUUAUUUUUGCCCCGAUUGAGACUAAGUUAAAUUCUCUUCGGGAACAGUUUAGUUAA